UUAGAUCUUUUGUGAUAUCCCAAGAAAAUCUUUCUUCCCUCCACUUAUAUAGUCCGUCAUCCACAGCCCCACCGUGUUCAACAACCCCCACCACCAUCUGUCGAGCGGAGCGGAGGAGGAGGCAGAGGACAAGGAUGAAGCUGGUUUGGUGCCCGGAUACCGCCUUGAAGGCCUACGUCGACGCAGUGAAGGCCCUCGCCGAACGCGGCCUCGAGGAAAGCAGCGUGGCCGAGAUGGUCUCCGCCAUGGCCGGAGGUUGGAGGGCUCAACUCGUGGUGGAAGCGUGGGCCCGCGACGCAGGCGCUGCCACCGGCGUCGGGCUCCGAGCUGCCGUCGAGCACGUGCGAGGCCGACACGUGUGCGUCGUCCCUGACGAGCAGUGGGCGGCGGAGUACGUCGGGGCCAUGCGGCGGGCGGGCGCGUCGGUGGAGGCGGAGUCGGUGGCGGUGGGGGAAGCGGAGGGUGCGAUGCGGGAGCUGGAGGGGGUGGACCUGAUGGUGGUGGACUGCCGGCGGAGGGACGCCGGGAGGGUGCUUAGGGAGGCGCGGCCGGGGGAGAGGGGGAUGGUGGUGGUGUGCAAAUGGGCGGGUAGGCAGCGGGGCGGGGCGGCCGGGGUUUUCAGGGCCGGGACGAGGGUGGUGCGGGCGACGUACCUACCCUUAGAGGGCGGCGUGGAGGUGUUCCAUGUCGGCGUCGGGAAGGGGCCAAGUUUGGGCGACGCCCGUUCCCGGUGGAUUAGGUAUGUGGAUCAUUACAGCAAAGAAGAGCAUUUGUUCAGAAGAUGGUGACUGAUAGUGAUAAGAUUUAGAUUUCCCUAACUAUAUAAAGAAAUAAUCGAAAAAAAUCCUCUAUUUUAUUGAAAAAAAAAUUUCUUUCUAAUUUGUAUAAAUAGACGAAGGAUAUGUUAAUAUAUUCAAGCUUCUUCAGUAAUUUUUUUUCUUUACUUCUUUUCUAAUAUGGUAUCAGAGCUAUAAGGUAGAACUUGCACCUGAAGAUGGAUCGUACAUAUUGGAUAUACUACUUCCAUCUUGAGGAGCAAGUAGAAAAAAUGAUGGCAUAUAUUUGAAAGUGUAGACCGUAGAGAUUUUUGUGGUGGACCGCGACUUCAUCUCAGUCGUUCUUCUUCGGUAAUUUCUUUCUCUAUCUUUUUUUAUGACUCAUAUAAUUUUAGCAUAUAUAUAUAUAUAUAUAUAUAUAUAUAUAUAUAUAUAUGUUUGGUAUUGUUUCUAUUAUUUUUCUUUUAGGUGCAAGUGGUUGACUUGUGAUGAUUAAGACUUUAAAGUGUGUGAGGAGGAUUAAUAUACACAAUCUUUCUGUAACUAAGAAAUUUCAAUCUAACAAGUGGUAAAAUGAGUAACUAUGAGCAUUAUUAACUUGAGUUUUAAUUCCAAGAAUUAGUACAUUUUUCAUUGUUACUAAAGAGGGUUAUGCAGAAGCAUUAAUCCUUUACAAUUAGCUAAGUAGUGAUCUUUUGCAAUCAAGAAAAUCCAUCAUCAUAUAUAUCCUGCUUAAUUAUGUGCAUGAAAUAUGAUAAUUUUAAUCCGAGACGAUAAGAACGAGUUUGAACAAUUUUUAUUAGAUUAACUAAAAUUCAAGUAUAAUUAUAGAAAUAGGAAUGACUUAUCUCUACUUAGAAUUCUAUUUGUAAAUAUAACCAAAACAUAUAAUAUUAAAAAGAAAAAGAAAAUUAUUUUAACAUACCUAUCUGUACUAAAACACAUGCAAUAGAUCAAACUAAGUAUCAUAAACAAGAGAAGAAAAAAGGUAUCACAGAUCUCAUCAUCACUCAUACUAUAGAAAAGGAAAAAAAAUGAUUUAAUAUAAGCGAAGUAUCCAUCAUUUGUGCUAAUGGCUUAGGCUUGUUGAUUAUAUGUCUAAUUGACAUGAUUACCUCGCAUCUUCCCUUUUCCUUGUUUAAAGGCAGUCGGAAUUGGAAUCAUUGAAUGUGCCACCACAUCAUGCCAUGACAUAAUGACAGCUUAUUUGAUGGUAAUGUUAACAUCAUUUGGAAUUUGUGUCAUGGCCACCUCAUGCCACCAUUCAUCUUGCCAUUAAAAAAGAAAGAGUGACCAUUAAUUAAGAAUAUUUUGCCAUCACUAAUAUUCCUUGUUUGGGGGUCAAACAAGAGAAAUAUUUUUCUUUCAUUACAUGAGAAAUUAAAAUGAUUAUUUUACUAAAAUAUUUCUACAUCAUUAGAAUAGCAUAAGUGGGUUUUGUUUUGCUCAAAUCAUCACUAUCAUGUCACCUUUCUACUAAAAAUAUUUUUACUAAAGAAAAUUUUGAACUUUUCUAUUAAAUAAAGCAUAAAAAUUGACAUGAAAUAAUCCUAAUUACUCAAAUUGUCAUUAUCUUGUUACCUUACAACUAAAAUAUUUCAUCCUUUAAAACAAUAUCAAUAUCAUCAAUAUCCGCAUUCUUUUUUUUUUUUCUCUCUAUCCUAUCAUAAUUAAAAUUAAAAAAAAUCAAAAAUCAAAAUAGGUUUGUGAACCUUUGAAUGUCAUUAUUGUUAGAAUACUUUUAUCACAUCCGCAUAUUCUUCUCCGUUCUUUCUAUCCUUUACAGAAUCUAUCAUAUAGAUUAAAAAAAAUCCAUUCUAUAUAUUUUUUAAUAUUCAUAAGGAGUCCUAUCAAUAAAUAAUUAAUAGAGUCUCUCCGUAAGAUUUACUAAUAUAAUAUAAGUGAACAUCAGAAUUUUCUAUACCUCAUCGAAAGUUAAUAGGAUCACAUAAUCUAAUACUAUAAUGUGAAUUGAUUAUAAUAUAUGAUCUGAAUUAUAUGUAUAAUUUGAAGUUACCAUUCUAAUCACAAUGUAACCUCUAAAUCAAACUUACUUUAGAUCAUAGUCAUUGCAUUGGGUUGGGCCGUACUUAGCCACUAGUACAAUAAUGCAUUAACCAAUUGGAUGUUCCAAUAAAAUCGAAUCUCUAUGAUUA